UUCAAGAUUUGGCUUGGUACCGGCUUGAAACAUAUCAUACGCUAGCGCAAUUAAAAGGGUGUUAUUUUAUCAAUUAGAAGUCAUAUAAUAUCUGUUUUAAUUUUUGUUAAUUCACAAAAUAGUAUUAUGAAAUAAGGAUUCCCUAACAAAGGACACAACGUGACAGGUUUUUUUAUAAUUCGCCUUUAGUUCAUUUAUAUGCAAUGAAGUCCUUAACUGCAUUUCAGUGGCGCACGUCUUCAAGUCCACAAUAAUACUCAUUGAUAACACGAGCACGCCGCGAACUUCAACAUGUGACAAACUUACUUCCUCAAAUAAAAAGCGAAUAAAAAAAACACUUAUCCCAAUCGCGUAAAAUUCAAAUUAGCGUAAUUCUACAGUACUCAAAAGUUGAUUGCAAGAUGUUACGAGAUCGUUCUCGGCAAUGCUACGAAAGGGCUUGUGCGUGGUGAGGACGAUAAUGUAGUUAUGCCUUUUGGGUUGUAGGACGGAGCUGAUGCAGGGCGCAUGCGCUGUUGAUACUGCAGUUGGUCUGCUAACCUGAAGCAGGCUGUUCCGGCUGGCAGUCGAUAGCCAGUUCCCGAACGGGGUUGUCGCGCCUCCCUUCUAUCCCCUGUCGCGUAGUACGAGUACGAUUUCGAUUUGUUUGGACAAUAUUUCCUAGGCUAUUAUAGUUUCGUGGUACGAAGUGAAAUCAGUCAUCUCAAGCAGUUGAAUGCAGAAUGCAGUAACUUAAUGUGCAAGUUCAGAAAUGUGAAACUCCAAAUGCGAACAAUGAAGAUGAAGCGGCGGGCUCCGCCCGCGGUCCGCGAGGAGCGCCUGUGCUUCAACCGCGACCUGGUUAUGUACGGCAUUGUCACUGGCGCCGCCGUCCUCAGCUACAUCAAUAGCUUUAAUGGCGAAUUCGUGCAUGACGACAUCCCCGCGAUCGUGAUGAACCCAGACGUGAUUGGAACGAAUACGCUUCAACAAGUCUUCGACAAUGACUUCUGGGGUAUGCCGAUGAGUGAUGUCAACAGUCAUAAGAGUUACCGGCCUCUGACUUCACUGUCUUUCAGACUAAACCACGCGCUCUCCGGUCUCGAGCCUUGGUGGUACCACGCUUGUAACGUAGCGCUGCACGCGAUCUGUUGCGCGUUAGUCACGCGCACUUGCCUCACAGUCGCGCGACUGCAGCGCCCGUUUGCGUUGCUUGCGGCACUGCUGUUCGCUGUCCAUCCUGUGCAUACUGAAGCGGUGACUGGUGUAGUGGGCAGAGCUGACGUGUUAGCUUGCAUACUCUUCCUUGGGUCGCUUCUACUCUAUCACAGACCAUCGACAAACAAGAAAUGCGUAUGGCUAAGCAUAAUGCUUGGGGCGUUGAGUAUGCUAGCCAAGGAAACCGGAGUCACCGUUCUCAUGAUUAACCUGGCGUUUGACAUCUACAAGUGUUGGCCGUUUAUGAAGAAAUCAAUAAGUUCCCUGAAGAUGGAGAGCAAGUGCACAAAGCUGACAAUGCGAACGGUGAAGAUGAUUUUGGCCAUGGCACUCCUGAUUUCCUUUCGGCUGGCGUUGCUGCAGGGAACCCUACCGACUUUCUCCAAUCAGGAUAACCCGGCGGCGUUUCAUCCUAACUUCUUUGCUAGGCUCAUGACAUUCUGCUACCUGGCCGCUUUCAACUGGUGGCUGCUGCUGUGUCCCUGGACCCUGAGCCAUGACUGGCAGAUGAGUUCCGUGCCCAUCAUCACCAGCGCCUGGGACCCGCGCAACCUGCUCUCCUGCGCCGCCUUGGUAGCCAUUCUGUUGUUGUGCUAUCGGUGUGCAGCGGAUAUGCAGAAGCAUACACCAGCCGUGAUCGGACUGCUGGUUCUGGUGAUAUCUUUCGUGCCAGCCAGCAACAUGCUCGUCACUGUCGGAUUUGUUAUUGCUGAGCGAGUUUUGUACAUUCCAAGUGUUGGAAGCGUGAUUAUAACAGCCUACGGCGCGCAGCUCAUUUGGACCUCGAAACCAGGAGCGAAGAUGUUCCUCGUGGUGGGCUUGGCUGUGUUAGCUGCCAGCAGUGUGGCGAAAACUUACAGGCGAAACGCGGACUGGCGGGACCGAGCUACGCUGUUGAGGGCUGAUUUGGUAACUUUGCCACAAAACGCCAAGCUACACUACAACUACGGCAACGUUCUCAGAGAGAAUGAGCAGUAUGAAGCGGCUAUCCAACAUUACAAAGAAGCUAUCAGGCUUUGGCCAUCGUACGCGAGCGCUCACAACAACAUUGGCACGAUAUUGAUCAACAGCGACAACGCUAAACAACACUUCCUUCAAGCGAUCAAGUACAAUUGGCGACACGUGAACGCACACUACAACCUUGCAAAGCUGCAUAAGAAAAGCGGCCACACGGAUUUGGCUAUCACAAUGCUCGAGAAGUGCAUCUUGCUUCAGCCUAACUUUACCUUGGCCCACUUGGAACUCUUGACACUGAAGCCAGACGCAGAGUGCCCUGCUAUAAUGUAUCGGGUCAUCCAGUUGGAGCCAAAGAAAUUGGAACAUUACGUGAUGUAUGGACGAUGGUUAAGGAACAAAGGAAUUCCUUUAGUGGCUUCUAAAUUAUUGAUCGAGGCGGUGCGUCUUAGCUUCAAGCAACGCGCCGUCGCACGCGCAAUGAAAACUGACCUCGUAUUGGUGCGGCAUGCAGCGCUUAUGUUUCGCUCGUUGGGACAGAAGUGGAGGAUCCUGCAGUUGUUGAUAAGAUGGCAUACCUGGCGUCGUGGUUGGCAUAACGCAGCAGCUACUCAUAUGUAUCUGCGAGACUGGCGACUCAAGAUGGAGCUACAAGCACGAAUGAAAAUGUAUUCCCAAGCCGUUAAGCCUACUAAAUCAACAACAUGUUUCGACCACAAGCAGCUUUCCGUUAAAGGGACAAAAGCAAAUGAAGAUGGACAAAAUGAGGAUAAACUCGUGAAAAAUAAUGAAAACAAACAACCCAAUCAAAACAGCGUAGUUAAUGAUAAGGAGAUUGACAAUAAGGAAAAUAAUAUUGGUGUUUCCAAAACGCGUUGGACCAAUAAAAAUAAUAUUUCAAUAUCAUCACAAUUAAAGACUAUCCAUAACAAAUCGGAAACAGGGCUCAAAGCUAAAACGUGUUCUAAGAAUAAAAAAGCAAAAAAGGUUACUAAAAGUAAUGUGAUACGUGUAAUGAUAAAAACGGUUUAGAUUUGAGAUUGAAGAAUUGCUUUCGAAUGCAAGAAAAACAAGAGAAUUGCGACUGUUUUAUAAAAAUAAGUGGCUCCCAAUAGAUAUGCUAUUGGGAAGUAAAUAAAAUGAAUAUUAAAUUAAUUAUGUACCAGCUGCGCCGGCAACAUAGUAACUUAUCCCGAUAAACAUAAUGUCUAAAUUAAGUUAUCACGUUUAUUAAAUGCUUAAUUUGCUUUUUUUGCCAACAAAUCGGAAUGUCCUUGUUCUUAUUUUUGACAUAAUUGUAUGUUUUAUUUGAGUUCCAUACAGUAUUACUUCAUUAUUAUUACUGUAGAAAAGGCAUUAUCGUGAUUCUAAUUUUAUUUAAGGUAUUUAAACAUUUUCUACCGUGUAAACAUUAUAUGUGAAGACUCUCAUCGUUGUUACCCUGACCGUUAAUGUCUCUUACUCGUGUUUCCAAAGUUGGUAUAACGACAAUAUGGAUAAGGUAAAUGUUAACGUUAAGUCAUAAAUUGAUCUCAGAAAUUUCAUUAUUAUUAUCAUUGUCUGUAAACUAGAUGCAAAUGACUAUUGUCUAAUAAAUUAAGAUAAAAAAGGAAUGUAAUUGGUAACAUCUAUUCUUUUAACUUAAUAAGUCUCAACUGAUUGUUUUAAACGAAAAUUGUUCGCAAUCAUUUAACUAUUGAAAUUUCUUAGAUCCAUUUUACUAGAUAGGAAAUUAAUUAAUUUAGGAACUGUAGUAUUUAAGCAAAUUAAGGGAAAUAUAUUUUUGUGAAAUUUGGGUGGGGCGUUUUUUAUAAUUAUUCAGAGUCAAACUGGCUUAAGAAUUGGCUAUUGGUAGAAAACAAAAUGAAAAUUUUGGUCUGAAUCACAGAUAAUUAAACUUUCUAGCAGAAUAAGGACGAAGAUAAGUAAGACUUUUUGUGAAGUACAUAUAUUUAAAUUUACUUGCAGCUACAGCUUACUAUUUAUUAAAAAUACAAUUACACACAUAAUCUAUCAGCCAAAAUUACGUGAAAUUCCCCUAAAAAAUAAAUAUUUCCUCAAUAAUUUUAUCUUUGACAGCAUUUGAAUCGGAAAAAAUCACAUUAUAAUUUGCUCAUAAUUUAGCCCAAUAAAAUUCAUUAGAAUAUUACAUUUUAAUAUUGGAAAAUUUUAGUCGCAACAAAUCUGGGGGCACUAAGAUAAGCAAAGCGAAGCGCAAGGGCACUACCUACCUUUUCUCGAAGCGCUUCGUCGUUUUUUUGAACCCUCACAACUUGGGUUUGGAUUAUACCAGAUAAACAAAAUUCUAAGGAUAUAAUUUCAAGAAUAGACUUAUUAAGCAUGAAACAUUUCAAUUGCAUAGGUCUAAUACUUUCGAUUUUAUUCAUAUCUAAAAAACCCCGAUUUUGUAACUGACUCACUCACUCACUGAUGAUCAUCAACACCCUUAGGGUCCUGAAGUCUUCUUGUUUUGCUUAUCAUUAAGUAUUACAAGGGAAAUUCAAUUGUUUUCGUAUUCUUUGAUAUUUUGUUAAAUUCUUCUUUUACUAUUAAUAUUAUUUUAUUGCAUAUAAAUAGCCGGUCGAUUCCGUUGAAAAAUAAAGAUAUAUACAUCCGUUUCACUACUAUAUGUUAUGCAAAUAUUUGACCCAAUUGGAUCUUAUAUGAUAUAAAGAUCUUGUCAAAUGCUAUAUAUAUCCGUUUGACUACUAUAUUAUGUUAUGCAUAUUUUUACACUAUGCAUACAAUUAUAAAAUGUUAAUUUUAAUACAUAUACAUAGGUAUUUCUGAAAGCGUCAGGACUGCAGAAUGUUGGGAAUAAUAUUAGCGUGAAAUGGAAUGUCAACAGCAGGUAUAGUGUUAUCUAAUAAUUUAAUAAGCAUUAUCGUAACCAUAAAAAUAGAUGUACUUGUAUCAAUGUUUCUAGUUACACAUAUAUUAUCACCAUAUUUGGCAUUGGAAGAGCUAUUUAUAUAAAUCUGAAUGUCUGAUUUCCACUGUCAGUCGAUUUUGAAGUAUUACAUAAUUAUUACAGUCUGUAAUCUGUCAACCUGGUCUAUUUGAAUCCUUAUAAGUACAUAAACCACCUCUGCUCAACUUGCAUCUUAAAAAAAAUUCAGCUACAAGACAAGUUACCAAGCAGACGAAUUGAUCCAAGCCAAGUUUUAUAGGUGUUUUAUAUCAUCUUGUCUUAUUUGACCUACUCUUAAUCGCCAAGUUUAAUUUUCUUUUUGACCUGUUUGGUUUAGCUAGUGCUCAAUUUAAUAAUUUAUGAAAAACCUGAUACCUAACUUCCUUCUUCUUGUUUCUUCAACUAAAAAGAACGCUGUAAAUUUUGCCACAGUAGAAAUCAUAAACAAACACUUCUAUUAUGUUUAAUAUAGCAAACAUCACAAUACAAUAAGAUGUACAUAAUAAAUAAUAUAAUCAAUUUAUGUUAGACUAAAGGAUGACUCACGCUACACCGGGCCGCGUCCGUUCCGGAGCUUCCGGGGCGAUCUUUUCUAUGGAAAGCGUCACGUGAUCACCUGUCAUCUGUCAUAGUCGUCAUAGAAAAGUAAGCGCUGGAAGCUCCGGCCCGGACACGGCCCGGUGUAGCGUGAGUCAUCCUUUACAGGCACAUAACUGGACUGCUUUGAUUGUACUGAAUGUGAACAUUAAACAUUUGAAAAUUA